AUGGAUCCCGGUUCUGCCCUGCAGCGGUUCCUGCAGCCGCUCCAGGUCGAUAGCCAGAAGAUUCACACACUAUCCCGCCUCUUCCAUGCCAACUUCAAGCUUCUCGCUCUCGACGCCCAAGACCAAUUCUUGCCGACGCCCAUAUCCGAGUCCAUUUUGAGACCCGUCAGCCAGCGCGGCCAUGGAAGUGGUGGCACGAACCUGAGAGUCGGCUUCGUUGAGCUUCAAGGCAAAGACGAGACGACUCCCGGUGUUGCACAUCCCACUGCAGCCACUCCUCAAACUAACGGCACCUCGUCGCCUGUGCCCGCCCUCCGCCUCACCGAGAAGGCAUGGCCCAUAGACGAUCGCCUCAAGGCCGACAGCGAGGGCGACCCCCAGCUCCUCUUCGACUGGAUCGGUGCUCGUAUCGCCUCGGUCGUCCACUCCGCCUGCGAAGAAUGGCAACUCCCACCCCACGAGGAGCUGCCCCUUGGCAUCACCUUCAGUUUCCCCAUGAUUCAGCACUCCAUCUCCGACGCCACCGUCAUGACCAUGGGUAAGGGCUUCAACAUCGGCGGUGACGCCGAGCUGGGCCCUUUGCUGCUUAAAGGCUACGAAAAGUCCCGUCUCGUCGACCGUGAUAACGGCACCCGUCGGCUCCCUCCCAUCCGCAUCGCAGCCAUAUCCAACGACUCCGUUUCGACCCUCAUCGCCUUCAUCUACCUCUUCAACGAGUCCCGGUUCAGGAAGGCCACAAUGGGCCUCAUCGUCGGCACCGGCUGCAACGCCACCAUCCCCCUCCCGCUCACCGCCCUCGGCUCCAACAAGUGGCCCGCCAACGUGAGCACCCUGCCGGGCGAGUCCGCCCGCCACGCCCGCAUCGCCGUCAACACAGAGUGGAGCAUCCGCGGCACCGCCCCUCCCCUGCACGAGCUUAACCUCAUUACCCCGUGGGAUGCCGCCCUCGAUGCCGCCCUCGUAGGUCCCAACGAGAUUGCUGGGUUCCAGCCUCUCGAGUACAUGACCGCCGGCCGCUACCUUGGCGAACUCGGCCGUCUCGUACUCGUGGACUACCUGAAGACCGAGCUCCAUCUUGACGAAUCAUCCUUACCGAAAAGUCUACUCGUGAGGUACGGCCUAACAACCACGUUCCUGAGCCACUUCAAGCCCGCCGAUCUGUCAGAUCCCUCAAACCUGCUCGCCGAGCUGGAAAAGGAGUUCCCGGCGGACGAGGGAGCCCCCUUCCAAUGGACCCUCCAGACAGCCGUCGCCCUCUACCACAUGGCAAAGGCCAUUCAGAUCCGUGCUGCGGGUAUCGUCGCAGCCGCCACCAUCGCCCUUCUCAAGCUAGCGGGUGACAUCCCCGAGCAGGUCCCGGCUGACGACACAACGCCCGUCAAGGAGCUGGGCGUUGGCUAUACCGGGGGCUGCAUCUCGCACUUCCAGGACUACCUCGCCGACACCCAAGACUUCCUGGACAGGAUUGUGAAACUCGACAACAAAGACCAGCCGCCGCCUGUGCGGAUCGUGCUGAGCCCCUGCCACGACGGCGGGAUCAAGGGCGCCGGCAUCCUCGCGGCCGCAACGGGAGUGAGCCUCAUACAGGAGACGUAG